UUGGUGCCUGGCAGGAAACGUGCACUUCCGUUUUUUGUCUAACCAAGCCGCACAUUUUCCAUUUUCUAAGCCGGUUUCCUGCUCCACCGCCUAUGUUCGCAGGGGUGUAGCUGCAUUAAAUGUUGACGGUGUUUCGAAAAAGGCGAAUCUAUUUAUAGACGCCUUAUCGUCAAACAAACUGCGCGAAGCAACUGUCCAACCAGACACCGCAGACAGCGGAGGCAGCGCACUCAUACUUUCAUUUUCAUCGGCUGCGGAAAAAAAAAAGGGCGAGGAAGUGAUUUGAAGCGAAGGGCCGAGCCUCUGCGGCGCGCGCGACGCACGCCCCGACCUGCAGAACUUUGUGGGCUCCCAGCGCGAUCGGAUGGAGUUCUCCGAGCACAUCAAGACCGCCAACGUGGAGGACGUGGUGCUGCGCCAGCCGCUCCACCCGCCGCUCAGAGGCACCCUGUGCAUCACGGGCCACCACCUGCUCUUCUCGGACCGGGAGGAGGACGAGGGGCGCAGCUCCGGGCAGGUUCUGCUGCUGCUCCGGAACAUCGAUGCCGUAGAGAAAAGUGUGGAAAACCUUUUGGGCUAUUCCGGCCUCUUCUCUAGUCCAGGCCACGCAGAGAGAACAUCUGGAUCCUCGGGGACGAUCACCAUCAAGUGCAAAGACCUGCGCGUGCUGCAGCUGGACAUCCCCGGCAUGGAGCAGUGCCUCAACAUCGCGCGCUCCAUCGAGACGCUGUCCUGCUUGGACUGCGUCUCAGAGAUGUUUCCUUUCUUUUACAGACCUUCUGAGCUCAACCUGCAGGACCAGUGGGGCCUCUCGUCCCCCGAAGAGCACUACAGGCAAGCGACAGAGCUUCACAACAGGUGGAGAUUGAGCAGCGUGAACAGGGACUACUCCGUGUGUCCCACGUACCCCCGGGCGGUCGUGGUUCCGAGGGAAAUAAGCGACGACAUGCUGGUGAAGGCGUCCAGAUUCCGACAGGGCGGGCGCUUCCCCGUCCUCUGCUACGUCCACAGGAAGAACGGCAUGGUGAUCGUGCGCAGCGCUCAGCCGCUGACUGGGGCCAACAGGAAGCGCUGCAAGGAGGACGAGACCCUGCUGCAGGCCGUGAUCGGCGGGUCCGAUAAGGGCUACGUCAUCGACACCCGCUCCGCUCAGCAGGCGCAGCAGGCCCGGAUGACCGGCGGAGGCUUCGAGUCCAAGUCCUGCUACAGCCAGUGGAAGAGGCUGCACAGGCACAUGGAGAGGGGUAAAGCGCUGCAGGAGAGCCUGAUCAAGCUGGUGGAGGCCUGCGGCGACGAGUCCAGCAACAUGGACCGCUGGCUCAGCAAGCUGGAGAACUCCAAGUGGCUGUCUCACGUGCAGACGGCCCUGUCCACGGCCGGACUGCUGGCCGAGUGUGUGGAGAGGGACGGCCGCUCGGUUCUGGUCCACGGCUCCGAAGGCACAGAGUCCACUCUGCUGGUCAGCACGCUGGCUCAGCUCAUCAUGGACCCGGGCUGCCGCACGCUGGAGGGCUUCCUGGCUCUGCUGGAGCGGGAGUGGGUACAGGCGGGACACCCGUUCCAGCAGCGCUGCGCCCACUCGGCCUUCUCCCACGCCCGCCUCCAGCACGAGUCGCCCGUCUUCCUGCUGCUGCUGGACUGCGCGUGGCAGCUGUGGCGCCAGUUCCCGCUGGCGCUGGGCUUCUCCGAGGCGCUGCUCCUGAGGCUGGCCGACGAGGCCUACGCCUCCAGCUACGGCACCUUCCUGUGCAACAGCGAGCAGGAGAGAAGCGUCGCGGGGGUGAGGGAGAAAACGCACUGCCUGUUCCAGGCGCUGCUGAGGUCCAGGCACAGGGACUCCUACUGCAACCCGCUGUAUGAGCGCACGGAGCUGGCGAUCUGGCCUUCAGUCCACCCUCAGUCCCUGCAGCUCUGGAGAGGCUUUUUCCUGAGGUGGACACCGCAAACCCGGCUCCUCGAAGAGGCUCAGGAGGAAAUAAGGAACAUGAUCGUGGAGUGGGAGAAGCUCGUGAUGAGCUGAUACUGUCCCCGCAGCGCCUGGAACCCAGAACGGGUCCGACGUGUUCCAGGAGGAAUGCGACAAAGUGCAAUGUGUUCCUUUUUCCUACUUUUGAACAAGCUACAUUUUUCAUGUACAGUAUUUCUUCUUUUAUAAAAUUGUAUUAAAAUAAAAAUGUUCCUGCUUA